AAAAAAGUGUUAAGACAUGGCUCUGCUACAUUGCCGCAUUCCUUCUUUUGCAGUAUUAGCAGCACCUGCAAAUCGUUGUCUUCACAAACUGGACAGUACCAAUUUACUAUUUCACAAUUCUAAUAAUAACCCAAUUACCAAAACCACCCUUCUUGCUGCCUUGCCCAAUUCGUAUCAGCAUUCUUCCAUUUCUUCAUUCAGUGAGUUGAUCGAGGCUUUAAUUAGUGGGAAAGACUUGACAGAAUCUGAAUCAGAAGAUUCUCUUGAUUACCUGUUGAAUGGUGCUGAUGAAGCUUUAAUUAGUGCAUUUCUUGUUCUUUUGAGAGCUAAAGGUGAAACCUUUGAAGAAGUAGUGGGAUUGGCAAGGGCAAUGAUAAAGCAUUGUAGAAAAGUGGAAGGAUUAGGUGAUGCGGUUGAUAUCGUUGGGACAGGAGGUGACGGUGCAAACACAGUGAAUAUCUCAACUGGUGCUUCAAUACUUGCUGCUGCUUGUGGUGCAAAAGUUGCCAAGCAAGGGAAUAGGUCGAGUUCAUCCGCUUGUGGAAGCGCAGAUGUGCUGGAAGCACUAGGUGUUGCAAUUGAGCUGGACCCUGAGGGGGUAAAAGAGUGUGUAACUCAGGCUGGAAUCGGUUUCAUGAUGGCUCCAAUCUACCAUCCGGCGAUGAAGAUUGUUAGACCUAUCAGGAAAAAGCUGAAAGUAAAGACAGUAUUCAACAUCCUUGGACCCAUGUUGAAUCCAGCAAGAGUGCCUUUUGCUGUAGUUGGAGUUUACAAAGAAGACCUGGUCGACAAAAUUGCUAAAGCAGUCCAAAGGUUUGGCAUGAAAAGAGCACUGGUUGUUCACUCGGAAGGUCUAGAUGAGAUGAGUCCUCUUGGGCCUGGAUUAGUCCUUGAUGUCACCCCUGAUAAAAUUGAGAAGUUCUCUUUCGAUCCAUUGGACUUUGGCAUCCCUCGCUGCACUCUUGAAAGCUUGAGAGGUGGAGGUCCAGAAUACAAUGCGGAGAUGCUUAGACGUGUGCUCUCAGGAGCAACAGGACCAAUUGCUGAUGCGUUUGCACUAAAUGCAGCAGCAGCUUUACUGGUCAGUGGACGAGUUAAAAAUCUGGCCGAAGGACUGUCAUUAGCUCGCGACACACUACUUUCUGGCAAAGCUCAGAGGACACUUGAUCUGUGGAUACAUGUUUCCAACAGGGUGAAGGAAGAAGCUCUUCGCGUUGGUCCACUUUCUGCUUGAAAGUUGAUGGAAAGUACCACAUUGUACAUGUUACAGGUUCCAAAUUUGUGGCUGAUCAAGAUUGGGAGCCGCUCACAGUGGUUAAAAAUUUAAAAAUCAAAGCGAGGAGAGAAGACACUUCAAUCAACUUGCACAAUUUUUGGGUAGUUAUAAGUAUGAAAAUUGAGAGGUUAAAAAGAACAAGAAUGGCUGAGACCUUUUAGCCUUCUUAAGAUUUUAAGGGCAGCUGUGUCUCUGUAGAAUCAUUGGCUGUAAUACUUACAGCAAGGCGUGGAAUUGCAUUAGUUGCUGAUUCAGAAUUUUGUCCUAAGUGGUUCUAUUAAAAUAAUAAUUCAAAUCAACAAGAACAA